AUGUUCUUCCGCUCGGUCGCUCGUCAGGCAGCGCCUCUGCGGCGUUCGGCCUUUGCUCCCCUUGCCCGCCGCUCCGUCACCACCGACGCCGCCUCGUCGCACGCCGAGAAUAUCCCCCAGGAGGAUGACAAGCCGUUCACCGUCCGUCUCUCCGACGAGAGCUUCGAGACCUACGAGCUCGACCCGCCUCCCUACACGCUGGAGACGACCAAGAAGGAGCUGAAGCAGAUGUACUACGACAUGGUGUCAAUUAGACGCAUGGAAAUGGCCGCCGACCGCCUGUACAAGGAGAAGAAGAUCCGGGGUUUCUGCCACCUGUCGACCGGCCAGGAAGCUGUCGCCGUCGGCAUUGAGCACGCCAUCAACCGCGCCGACAAGGUCAUCACCGCCUACCGUUGCCACGGCUUCGCCCUGAUGCGCGGCGGCACCGUCCGCUCCAUCAUCGGCGAGCUGCUCGGCCGCCGUGAGGGUAUCGCGUACGGCAAGGGUGGCUCUAUGCACAUGUUCGCCGAGAACUUCUACGGCGGCAACGGUAUUGUCGGUGCUCAGGUGCCCGUCGGCGCCGGUCUGGCUUUUGCUCAGCAGUACAAUGAGCAGCCCAACACCAGCAUUAUCCUGUACGGUGACGGUGCCUCCAACCAGGGCCAGGUGUUCGAGGCCUUCAACAUGGCUAAGCUGUGGAACCUGCCGGCUCUGUUCGGCUGCGAGAACAACAAGUACGGCAUGGGUACCUCCGCGUCGCGCUCCUCUGCUCUGACCGAGUACUACAAGCGCGGCCAGUACAUUCCGGGCCUGAAGGUGAACGGCAUGGACGUUCUCGCCACCAAGGCCGCCGUGCAGUACGGCAAGGACUACGCCGUGUCCGGCAAGGGCCCCCUGGUCUUCGAGUACGUGACCUACCGCUACGGCGGCCACUCGAUGUCCGACCCGGGCACGACCUACCGCAGCCGUGAGGAGAUCCAGCGCAUGCGCAGCACCAACGACCCGAUCGCUGGCCUGAAGCAGAAGAUGCUCGAGUGGGGCGUUACCUCCGAGGAGGAGCUCAAGUCCAUCGACAAGUCGGCCCGCUCGCACGUCGACGAGGAGGUCGCUGCCGCGGAGGCCAUGGCCGCCCCCGACAACACCUCGCGCAUCCUCUUUGAGGACAUCUACGUCCGUGGCUCCGAGCCGCGCUGGAUGCGUGGUCGUACCGUCGACGAGACCUUCUACUAUUAG